AUGCCCCAGCCUUUAAAUCUUUCUUGGCUUGAGAGAUUUUCACGCCUGGCUUUUGAUUUGAUUAUUGCCGUAAUCACGCUCCUCUUCGCUGUUUUUAGCAUCUUGGUUUUUCGAGCCGACGGGGAUCCCGCAGGUCCAGGGUCAAGAAAAGCCAAACCUUUCGCAGUGUCUCAAUAUGUCAAUAAUUUGGAUUCACCAUUCUUUCAAAAUUGUGCUGUAAAAACCUACCAUCUUUCCUGUCUUGUUUGCUGCCAUCGCUGCCCAGGUGGAAGCAGGAUAAAAAGCAUCGCGGCCUGGCGCGUCCAGACUAGCCAAGGAGCUACUCUCGGGCUUAUUUAA